AAAAUACCAGAAAAGUGUUUUUUAUCGGAGAGUAUUAUAAUACUGUCAUCGAGCUUCACAUCCGACAUCGAAUUAGCUUUUGGUAACCAUCUCUCUCCACCCAAAUGGAGGGUUCUUAAUCUUUCUCUCUCUCUCUCUCUCUAUCUGUCUGUAACUCUAAAGCUCGAGUCUUUUAUCGUCGUGUUCCCUCGUCGGCGAAAUUGAUCCGGCAGCUUCAAAGGUAACCAAAAGAAACUCAUUGAACUUGUGAUGUCUCAACCAGCUCUGCUUAGAAUUGGGGAUGAUGAUGGUCGGAGCGCUGUCACCUUGUUGGCAUCUUCGGACUCUGUAGGAACAAACCUAAAAGAGAUUAACUAUAUGGGUUUAUCAGAUUGUUCUUCUAUGGAUAGUUCUGCGAAUUCAGAGAAAGGUAAACUUAAUAUAAAGGCGACUGAGCUUAGGCUUGGUCUUCCUGGAUCUCAGUCACCAGAAAGAGAACUUGAUGAGAAGCCUCUCUUCCCAUUGCAUCCUUCAAAGGAUUUGUUAUCUCAGAAGACAGUAAUUUCAGGCUGUAAACGUGGAUUCUCUGAUACUAUGGAUAAAUUUCAUGCUAAUUCUGUUUCCAAUGUGAUUAAAGAUUGCUCUGGUGUUAUUCCACCGAAAAUGAAAGAGAGUACUGUUGUUCACCCUCAAAAUGAAACCACAGGUAAUGAAAAGGUGGAAAACAAGAAUGCUCCCGCGACCAAGGCGCAGCUUGUGGGUUGGCCUCCGAUCAGAUCAUACAGGAAGAACACAUUGACUACAGCUUCGAAAAACGCCGAGGAAGAAUCGGAUGUCAAAGCUGGCCAGUGUGCUUUGUUUAUCAAGGUGAGCAUGGAUGGUGCUCCUUAUUUAAGGAAAGUUGAUCUUAGAAAUUACACAGCAUAUACAAUGCUCUCAUCUGCACUUGAGAAGAUGUUUAGUUGCUUUACCAUAGGUCAAUAUGGUGUUCAAGGAAAAGAUAAAGAGACGAUGAACGAGUGCAAACUGAAGGAUUUGCUGAGUGGGUCUGAAUAUGUUCUUACUUACGAGGACAAAGAUGGCGAUUGGAUGCUCGUGGGCGAUGUUCCGUGGGAGAUGUUCAUUGAUACAUGUAAGAGGCUGAGGAUUAUGAGGAGUUCAGAUGCUAUUGGCUUAGCUCCAAGGGCCAUGGAAAAAUCUCGAAGUAUGAUGAACUAGCUAGCUAGCAUUAUUUGGUUCUUUGUUCUUAUUAUAGGUUGUGUUUUGUUUUUUCCACUUUAAUUUGAGGUUUGUUAAGGUGGUUUGGUCUCUCAUGUCUUGUUAAGAUAUUUGUUUAAGACAACUUUAUUGGACUAAUUAGUUAUUAUGUUGGUGUCAA